UCUUUUCCGCUCUCCUCGGUCGCAGGAAGGUGAUCUUAACGAGGGUGCGACUCCGAGGCUUACAGCCCAGGGUACUGCGGCCGGGAACGAUGGGUGAACCUCGGGCUCUGGCUAAGGCUGAAGCGCUGAGCCUCGGGCCACCCGACUGGAAGCACGCUUGUCAUGCCCUUUUAUACGCGCCCAACCCCGGCCGGCUUUUUGGCAAGAUCCCAUUGCGUUUCGCGGUGUUGAUGCAGAUGAGGUUUGAUGGUCGGCUGGGAUUUCCAGGGGGGCUUGUGGAUCCCCAGGAUGUUUCCUUGGAAGAGGGACUAAAUCGAGAACUGUGUGAAGAGUUAGGCCCAGGGGCUGCCUCCCUCCACCUGGCUGAGGAGGACUACUUGUGCUCCCAUGCUUCUGAGCAGCCACAGAGAGUGGUGAUGCAUUUUUACACCAAGCGGCUUAGUUUGGGAGAGUUCCAAAUGGUAGAGGAAGGGGCUACUCAGGCAAAAGACCAUGGAUUUGAGGUGAUGGGUCUCAUCCGUGUUCCCCUCUAUAUUUUGCGUGAUGGUGUUGGGGGCCUCCCAGUGUUCCUUAGCAAUGCUUUUAUUGGCAAUGCCCAGGGGCAGCUCAUUCAUGCCUUGGACACUCUCCAACUCAUGCCAGCAGAACAACUUCAAAAGGCUGUCAGGAUUGCUCAGAAGAGACCUUGAGCCUCACUGACUCUGGCUGCUGCAUUUUCAUCCUGAUGGCUCUUGGGAUGGGAUCCUGCAAGAACUUUAGACUUUAGGAAUGGGCAGCUGCAAGGAGAAGAAACUUAGAAAUGGUCCUUGCUCCAGUCUUCUACCCACUCACUGCUGGUGGUGCUGCUGAACAGCUUGGUACAAGGGUUGGGGGUCUGAACAUGGAUUCCAGUGACCAGAUUGUUGUGUGCUUAAAAUACACUGAUUGUGUCUCUCUUGCCUGGAGGUAGGUAGCAAGAAUUGAAAAACUGAAGCCAUGUUGACUACAGAGUACUCUUAUCUUUGGGGAACGUGUUUGUGAUUCACCUCCCUGCAUCCUGCUUGUAGGUGUAAGUUUUCUUGCAUGCAAGGAAUACCCUUGCAGAGAUUGCUCUGACCUACCUCAUCUUCUGUUUUCCAACAUUUACUCUAAACAUGUCUUGUUAUUAAAAAGCAUUUUGAACUUC